AUGGGUUUCGGGCGAUUAAGCAAAUAUGCAGCUGUUUUUGCGGGGUUAGUGCUAGGUGUUUCUGCUAUUGAUUUUAACAUCAACAGCACCGACACCAUUAAAUCCGCCUCCGCCAUUGAGUUCACCAAUCUCCUCAGCACCGCCAACUUCAAUGGCACCGUCAACCCCAUCUACAACACAUCCUACCCAGAAGGCAUGCUCUACAUGUCCCUAAUCCCCUACUGGAACGCGACCGGCAACACAACCUACAAUGAGUUCAUCACCUCGCGCAUGCACAACCACUCCGAGAGCAUCUUCAGUGGAGAAUGGGAGGAAAUCAACGUUCUGACAAGCGACUUCGUCACUUGGGGUCUUGCUGCAAUGGCUGCGUCAGAGGCGGGCUUUCCGGGUAGUCCAGCCAACUCGUCAUGGCUGACCUGGGCGAAGAAAGUCGCGUAUACGAUGGAACUGGUUGUUAGUCAGGGCUCGGUAUGCAAUGGUGGAUUGUAUGAUGAUGAGAGUCAAACGCAUGGGACGGACUUCGAUUGGUUCAGCAACGGGGCGUAUUUCCAGCUUAUAUCGAGGGUGGCAUAUGCGAGUGAGGGCGAUGACCAGGGGACGUAUGCGCAAUAUGGCGCGAGUGCGUGGUCGUGGAGUGAGAAAACUGGCAUGGUGAAUACCACCGAGUGGUCGGUGUAUGAUCUGGUCUCAAAUACGACGGCGAAUGCGUCGACUUGUCAGGCUGUGGAUACCGCGAGGUGGAGUAUGGCGUAUGGAUUCUAUUUGAGUGGUGCGGCCUAUAUGUAUGAAGCGACCAAAUCUGACAUAUGGAUGACACGGACCGAAGGACUCCUCAACAGCACGCUCGACACAUUCUUCGUCAACGACAUCAUGGUAGAAGUGGGCUACAGCAGUGCCAGUCUAGGCACUGCGGAGCAGUCCAAGCUAUCAGCUUACCCCUUCAAGGGAUUCCUAGCGCUGUGCCUUGCAUCCGUGGCAAACCUUAUCCCGGAUUUCGCCGGUCGGAUUGUGCCGCUCCUAGCAGACACAGCUGUGGCGGUAGCCGAGCAAUGCGAUGGAACGAGUAAUCAGACUGUCUGUGGUUCCGACUGGGGGUCGACUUCGUAUAAUGAAGAUCCUUCGUUCGAGAAUACCUGGAAUGCUGCCAAUAUCUUCGCCUCGAAGUUGCUUGCGCCGGACACCUCCAAAUCGAGAAAUACCCCAAGUAGCGGCAAUUCCACGACGAGUGAUACAGCCAGCAAAGAUGGAAGUGGCAUUUCGAAUGGCGCGAUUGCUGGUGCCGUGGUUGGUGCGGUGGCAGGCGCGGCUUUGAUUAUUGCUGCGGUCUUGUUCGGUCUCCGGAAGAUGAAACAGAAGAGGAUCCCCGUCCCUACAAAGGAGCCGGAUGACAUUGAGUAUGUCAAGAAGGACCCCGCGGAACUGGCGCAGAAGCCUUACGUCCCUGAGAUGGAUAAUGGAGUUGUGACGGAACUACCGGGGAAGGCUGAUGCGAGUAUUCCUCAUGAGGUGGAUUCAGCGCCGGUGUCUGAGCUUCCAGUCAGAGCUAAUACGAUGCGUUAUGAAUUAGCAUGA